CACAACACCAAGCACCAGUGACCGGAAGACUCGUGCACUGGCUGUCCUCCUGUCACUUACCAUUUCUCAGCUGUGAAACUAUUACCUCCACUGGACUGUCACUGAAAUGGAAAUGUGCAUCUGAAAUCAGAGAGUCACCAUGCUACUUGCCAAACUGACCAGCCUGGGAACUUUAAAUGCCCUGAAGAAGAUUCACCCUGGGACCUGCUACCCCGGGCUUCACUCUUUGUCAAACUGUUUCAGUGAAAGGGAAAGAAGAGGGACCAGAGAUGACCUCCAGUCAUAUUCCAAUGUGCUCAGAAGAGGGUUUUACAGCCAAAGGGUGCAGCGUCCAUCAGAUAGACUAAAGGAAAGACAGCGCUGUGGAAAAAGACCGUUUAGUUUAUCAGCUGCUUCAAUAGUGAAUUCAGCACCAGCACCUGUCCAGCCUUACCUCCGAUUAAUGAGGCUGGAUAAACCUAUUGGGACAUGGCUGCUGUACCUCCCUUGCACAUGGAGUAUUUCUCUGGCUGCUGACCCUGGAUGUCUCCCACAUCUUGGCAUGCUCACAUUGUUUGGGACAGGUGCACUGCUGAUGAGAGGUGCAGGCUGUACUAUCAAUGACAUGUGGGAUAAAGACUUUGACAAGAAGGUGUCCCGGACGGCCACUCGACCCAUUGCCUCAGGGGAGAUUUCUCGGAUGCAGGCUCUUGUCUUUCUGGGAGGGCAGCUCACUCUUGCACUUGGGGUUCUUUUGUGCCUCAACUAUUACAGCAUCGCUCUGGGUGCUGCUUCAUUAGGUCUUGUCGUCACCUAUCCACUAAUGAAGAGGAUCACAUAUUGGCCACAGUUUGUUUUGGGACUCACUUUUAACUGGGGAGCGCUGCUCGGCUGGUCCGCUGUGAAGGGCUCCUGUGAUUGGUCUGUGUGUCUCCCACUCUACUUCGCAGGAGUGAUGUGGACACUGAUAUAUGACACUAUAUAUGCACAUCAGGACAAGGAGGAUGACAUUAAAGUAGGAGUCAAAUCUACAGCUCUGAGGUUCCAGGAAGACACCAAACCUUGGCUCAGUGGCUUCACAGUGGCCAUGAUGUCAGGACUGAUUUUAGCAGGAGUCAAUUCUGGACAGACUGCACCAUACUACAGUGUGCUGUCUGUUGUGGCCCUUCAUCUAGCACAUCAGAUUUAUACAUUGGACAUCAACAAACCAGAGGACUGCUGGAAGAAAUUUGUCUCAAACCGAAAUCUUGGACUGUUGUUAUUUUUAGGUAUUGUUACUGGUAAUUUAUGGAAGUGAAGAAAGACACUGAAGACAAAAUGAACAUUUCAGAACAUCAGAUUACAAGUAUAUUUGUAUUUUUUUUUUUUUUUUUACGUUUUGAUAUUUACUAGACUUGUGUGGGAGUUUUGAGACAACAUUCAAAAAAAAAAGAUUGUUUUAAUUUGUGUGAUAUUUGUGAACCCAAUAAAUCAACUGGAUAAAUUACCUUAUUUACAGCUAAAGUGAACAGCAUGACAAUUGCUGUAAUAUUUCACUUGAAAUUAAACAGGCAAAAUACCGCUGUAAAUGUGGUGUUCAAUGGAGAGUACUGUGUCAUGAGUCAUUAAUGCUGUUUGGCAAGUAAAUGUUGUGAUUUAUUAUUUGUUACUAUUUGUUGUGAUUCUGUCAUCACUGAAAGUGUUUGGUUAGUCUUCCUUAAACCUGAAGGACCCAGUACAUUGUGUUUUAUUGACAUUGUGAAUCAUGUUAAUGUUUGUGUGAGAUUUUGAAUGUUUCUUCCCUUUGCCCAAUGGUAACUGGGAUAUGUUCCAGCAUCCUCCACGAUCCCCCAGAAUAUUUAGCGGUUCAGAAAAUGAAUGAAUGAAUGAGAUAUAUUAAGAUAUAUAUUACCUCCCAGGCCAAAAAAAAAAAAAAAGUCACCCACACAAUAUUUCAAUGGAUCAUCUUUAGCUUGAAUCACCAUGGUAUCAUUUAUGCCACACAGUGUUUAUGUAAUAUGACAAUAAAUAUCACAAUGUAA